AUGGACCUCCAAGCGCAGGCCGACGCAAUCCGCAGCGCAGUCGGAUCCGUCGCGACCUGCACGCCAGCAACCUCAGCUCUCCUCAAAGGCCUACUCCUCCCCCCAAAAGACGACUCCGCAACAACCGACGACAACACGUCCGCACCCAACUCCCGGCCCGGAAGCAAGGCCACCACCCGACGACCGAGGACCAACACCACGGUCUCCAGGGCCCCCUCACGACGCGCCCGGGCCGCUCCCACGCCGACACCAACAGCGACCGAAUCCGGGCUAUCCACACGCGAAAAGGCGUCUCUGGCCACCCACGUCGUCAAUGCCACGCUUAAAGCCCUCGGCGAGGCAGCCAAGGCGGUCCCUCCGCCCGCUGCGUCGCGGCCAACAACAGAAGACGACGAGGGGACCGGCAAAUCAGCCGGCGCGAGAGCUGCACUCCGGCGGUCGAGUUCGGCGCCCAUGUCCCCGCUACAGCCGCGGUCUCUCAACACGCGAUCGCCCUCUCGGACGGCAUCCGGUGCGGCGAUGUCAAAUACUACGACAACACCACCACCAAGCACAAAUUUGUUAUCGGCAGUUGAGUGCGCACGCGUGGCAUUAGCAGCCCUGCGCCAGCUCCCGGCCUCGGGCAAAGUUACGCUUCCCGAGUUACAGCUAGAAUCGGGCAUGUCAGCGCUUGUUGGGAGGUUGAUCAGUUUGAACCUGCAAGACACUGCCAUCAAGGAACUGCGGAUUUUGAAGAGGCGGCUGGACGGGCUGACUUGUUCGUCCGAUGCCGGGAAGAAGGGACCUAAACCAGAGGAGCCGAAGAACGCGGCCCAACUGUUCUCCGAGCUCCUCGACUUCAGCAGCGUGCAGACAUCAGCGUGUCAACCACCGCUGCUGCAGCUGGUAGUUAGCACGCAGCUCCAAAUCCUACGUGUGCUCGCCCUAGCCAAAAAACCCUCCGCCACCGAAGCCGCGCUGCCGCAUCUCCGCCUCAACCAGCCAUCCUCACCAGUCAGCCUCCUCCUCGCCGCGGCCACCCAAGAUGCCAACGCAGACAAAAGCAAACUCGCCCGCCAAAUGGAAACCAUAGCGCAGUGCUUCCUGGCACUCACCCCGAGCGUGGCCCGCAAGGAUGAUUCCCUGGGACAAGAGACCCGGCUCAGCGUUUCCCCAGCGUCAGCGCUGGAACUGCAGCUGCUAGCCCUCGAAACACGGCUGCACUGCUGGGCCCUAUCCGGUAAACACAAGGGCGACGCCGAGAAAGACAUCCUCUUACCCCUCUCGCGCUGUCUAGCGGCAUAUCUCCGCCGGACCUCAGAGAGCCCCCGGUCGAGUUAUGCCCCGUGCGCGGAGGGGUUUGCACGGGUUGAAAAGAUGCUGCUCUCACAAAAACAAGGGUUUCAACCGGCCAAGGGAUCGAAACAGCCGCUGGCGGGUAUCUAUCAGACGCUUCUCGCUCUGGCGCGGGAUGCGGGGCAGAUUGCAGACGCCCUGGGCUGGGCGGAAAAGUUGCAGGAUGCGCUGGACCACGGACCGACGGGUGAGUCGGUGGCGAAGAUGUGUGCUGUGGCUGCGCAGCGGUUGGUGUUGUUUCUCAAGCAGGCGGGGUCUGCGUCGGAGUCUGGGGCUGACAGUCUCUCGGAUACGGCGUUGGGACUGCUGAAGCAGGUGGUUGACGGCAUUCAGGGCCCGUUGCGGGGUGACUCGGGGGAACUGGACGAGCUGCUGACGCAGGUGUGUGCGGUGCGCAAGGCGGGGAUGCAGUUAUUGUUGGCGAUGGCCAAAGAAGGCGGCGAAGUCAGAGGGGACACGCAAAACCAGCUGGAGACGUUCAUCCUACAGUGUCCACGGUUCUGUCUACGCUGGCUCGGCAAACCGCCAGACCCCAAGUCACAAUCCAAAGACGAGAUCCUCCGCUAUGACCAACGCCGCCAGCUAGUCCGGCCGUAUCUCCCACACUUACUCGACUCGGCGUUUUUGACGAUCAAAACGGGGCUUGACCAGGGUCGGUUGCAGUGGGAAUUGAUGGAUGCCGUGCUGGGGGAUUGUCUCACGCUGCUGCAGUACACCUCUUCCGCAUCGGAGUCUGCGACUUCUGCCCCGGCAUCGUCAUAUCACGUCAAAAUCUCACAUUUUUACUACCUCCAAUACACGUCUCUACGCCAACAACCAUCAACUACGGACGGUGAUGCCAAAAACAGUAAAAGAGACGCCCUCCGCGCCCUGCGGCACUCAAUCGAUGCAGUCCGCCACCGGCCCCGCGCCGAACGGUCCAAAGCCCAGCUUACUCUCAAACUGGAGCGUAUGGCGGAAAUGUGCCGAUCCCUGGGGCGUGCAGACGAGGCGUUGGCCGCACUGCAGGGGAUUCGGCGGACGCUAGUCGAGGAUGGGGUAUUGGUUUCUGUGGCUAGGCGGUUGAGGUCGGUUUCGCCUGCUGUGAUCUGGGCUGGGGGAACUACCGACACCGAGGUGGAAGUUGAAGCGUUGGGGAGGGCGCUGGGGGGCAUUGCGAAAGGGCAGAUGGCUAUGCCAGGCGGCUGGGUAGAUUGGACAGGGGAGUUAGACGAUGAAGGGGAGAUAUCGAGCGAAGAACAGCGAGCAGCGGUGUGGGAGCAUUGGGUGCGGUUUGUUUUGUCUCUUGCCGGGGACGGGGAAGAGAAAGGAGCAGGACUGGAACAAGACAUCGGACUGGACCACCCCGUCGUGGCUGCGCUAUUGGCCGUGUACACCCCCGCGCGGUAUCCCAUCCGUCGGAUGAGGGUGCUGCUGAUGCUGUUGAAUGCCGCGCUGGGGGAUAUCACCCGCGCGAGGGAGGUUCUCGGUUUAUUAGGCGACGAUGCUCUCGACAUAUCAACCCCAGGAAAAAAGCCAGCAAAACCCCUCGGCCAAGACACCUCCCUAGCUCCCUACCUCCCGCACUUCCAAGCGCUCUCCACCGCUCUCACCUCCGCCGUAGACGCCUACCACAACAGCGCCGCUCUCGACCAGGCCGUAUCCAUCUGGAAGGGCCUAGUCGCUUCAGCAAACCACAACAAAACAGCCCUUGAACGACUCAUCGACGAUAUCCCGGGUUUACUAGCCUACCUCGAGUCAGCAGCGGAUUUCUUGCGCGUGCAGGGCCGACAUGCGGCAAGGGCCGGGGUGCUGGAGCUGGUGGGGGAUCUUACGGGGAUGAUGGGGGUUGUUGUGCAGGGGAGAGGGGAACAGGAGGUGCAGGCUGAUUUGGCGCUGCAGUAUACACUUUUGGGUCAGGCGGAGAGGGCGGAGGGGGUGUUUCGGCGGGUGGAGGAGGGCUUGUUGGUGCUUGGGAAUGGAGCCGACAAAAAUGCAAUGUCAGGGGAAGUACGCGCCGGGUUCCAUCUGGCGUUUGCUGAGCACUGUAUCCUACUCGGCCAGGCGAGACAGGCGGAGGAGCAUCUCCAGCGGGCGCAGCAGGCGUUUGUAGAUGACGUUGGGAAGUCUGAUGCGGCUGAGCGAGUGCCGAAACAUGUUCGGGCUGAACGACGCCGGAUGGUGUCCCAUGCAGGGUAUCUGUACUCGCUGCUGGCGCUUGAGCGCGGGGAUUCGCAUCAUGCGCUGGCGUAUGCGCGGGAUAGUGUAAGGGGGCUGUUUCAGGCUUGGACGAAGCUUGAGUCUGGUUUCACGUCCAAACCCAAGAUCAUCGAGGAACACAGUCGUCCAGCAGACGACAACCAAACCAUCGAUUUUUCCUCCCUCCAACCCGCCACAAAUAACGAACCAGACUCCACCCCCCUCCUCUGGCGCCUCUUCCCCCCCCUCUACCGCGCCGUCCUCCGUCUCUCCGCCCUGUACGCGCACCUAGGCAUGUUCCAGGAGACCAUGUACUAUGCCGAACAGGCCCGCAAGAUGGCCGACGCCGUGCGGUCGGAUGUGUAUCGCGCCGAGUGUGCGGUGUGGAUGGCGGGGUUGUUGUGGCGGGCUGGCGAGGGGGAGAGGGAUCGUGCUGGGGGGUUGGUUAGGGAGGCUGUGGGGUUGUUGGGGCUUUCUGGGGGGGGGUAUGUGACGGCUGCGUUGGCGUGUCGCGUGGGGGAGAUGUAUUUGCGGCAAGGGGAUGUUGAAGGCGCGAGGGCGGUGUUGGAGCGGGCUGAGGGGAUGGUUGAGGGAUUGGCUGGCACGCAGGACGAGGACGAGGUCCAGACUAAGAUGGCAAAGCUUGCUAUUUCGGAACAACAGCAGCAGCAGACGAAGAAGCCGGUCAAACGAAAGACGGUCAAGACUCCGGCUAGAGCGGGAAAGACUGCGGUUAGGAAAACGGCCAAGGCAACAGCCAAGACAGCAACCACAACAGCAACAGCUCAAGCUCCAGCUCCCGUUGCGACACCGACACAAGAGACGACCACACAAGCAAACACGCAACUCGCCCAACUCCGCGCGUCGAUCCUCGUGCAAAAAGCCGUGUCCAUGCUCCGCCAGCACGACUGGGCCGCCGCCCAAGACGCUCUGACUGCUGCUGCUGCUGUUUCUAUAGGGACUACGGCAACAGCCACCGUCUCGACGUCGGAUGUCCUCCCUGCGGUCGCCAUGGCGUCGUGUCUGCUGGGCAUGAGCAUGGAACAGAUGGCCGAGGACCCGGUGUUUUCUGUUAUCCAGGAUUCGACUAUUUCCUUUCCGGCCGUGGGUGAUGUCGGCGAAUCAGGGUUGAUAGGAUCCCCAGGGACGCCAGGGACAGUGGUCAGGGGAAGGGGUGGACCAGGGUUAGGGUCUGCAGCAGGGACACGACUAGUCUCGGGGGCCAAGAAACCAGGGUUAGGGUCGCAGUACGUCGACCACCUGCGCGAAGCCCACGAGUACCUCCUCGACGCCCACGCCGUGGCCGCCCUGCGCGGGGACGCCAGUCUGGUGCACCGCAUCUCGGGCAUGCUGCAGAAUGUCGGGUUGUUCCUUGCCGCCACGUCGGGCAAGACCAGGCCGGGCAAGACGAUUACCGAAGCGGAAUCCCAUCCCAGCAGCGCGCAGACCUCGUACUCUGUCGAGCUGGCGCGCAACUUAACCUGGCGUCGGGAACGCCGGGCCUUAGCACAGGAGAAGAACACCAAUAGCAGUUCAUCUUCCAGCGAUACCUGGCCAUCAACCCUCCUCCCCUCUACAACAGGAGCAGGUGGCCCCCGCCGUUCCAGUCUCGGCUUUACCCUAGACCUCCACCGCAUCCAGCGGGAUUACAUCGACCUAGUCCCCUCCAGCUGGAACGUCCUGUCCCUCUCCCUCUCCCUCGGCGAAAACGACACCCACGACCUGUGCAUCACCAAGUUCCAAGCCGGGCAAACCCCUUUUGUUCUACGUCUGCCGCUGGAACGUGCUUCCUCCCGCGACGCGGACAGCGAUGUCUUUGAUUUUGUGCAGGGCAGGGCGGAGCUGCUGGAGAUUAUCGGGGGGAUUAAUCGGACUUGUCAUGAGGCUAAGGGGCCUGUCUCCUUUAACGCCCGCGCAGCAUGGUGGGCCGAACGCGAAGCCCUCGAUACACGUCUGGGCGCCCUGCUAGAAAAUAUCGAGCAGAUCUGGCUGGGGGGGUUCCGCGGGAUCUUUUCGCAGCACGCACGGCGGGCAAGGCACUUGGCAAGGUUCCAGCGGGAUUUUGUGGCUGUUUUGGAUCAGUAUCUCCCUUCGCGUCGGCAGGUGGGGAGGGGGAAGAAGGCUGCUUCUGCUUCUUCCUCUUCUGCUUCCGGAGGGUCAGGGUCAAGGGGGGGAGAGACGAAGAAAGCGACGCUAGAUCCCAACGUACUGGAGCUGUUCAUCGGAUUAGGCGAUGCGUCGCGGCCGGGGUGUGACUUUGACGAGGAGUUGACCGAUUUGUUGUAUUUUGUGGUGGAUAUCCUGCAGUUUCACGGGGAAAGGAAUGCGUAUGAUGAGAUUGCGUUUGAUGGGAUGGCUGUUGCGACGAUGGAUGCGUUGAGGGCGUAUUGGGCGGGGGUGGAUGAGGGGGGGAAAGGAGGAGAUGGGAAGACGACGCAUACGAUACUUUUGCUGGACAAGGCGCUGCACGUGUUUCCGUGGGAAUCACUGCCGUGUAUGCGGGGCUUGGCUGUCUCGCGUUUGCCUUCGCUUGCGUGUUUGCGGAGGUUGCUGCUUGAUCGGCGGGAGGCUGGUGGUCUCAACAACUCUAAUAACAACAAGAACGGCAGCACGAAGAAGCCUAGGGAGAAACAAAGACCCGGCCAUUACAUCUCCCCCAGCGAAGGCGGCACCUACAUCCUCAAUCCCUCCGGCGACCUGACCUCCACCCAAGCCACCUUUGCCCAGCCCCUCGCCAACCCCCCCCCAGCACCCUGGACCUCCAUCCUCACCCGCCCCCCCACAGAACCCGAAUUCGCCCUCGCCCUCACGUCCUCCCCCCUCCUCCUCUACUUCGGCCACGGCUCCGGGGCUCAAUACAUCCGCGGCCGCACCAUCCGGCGUCUCGACCCGCGCUGUCGCGCCACAGUGUUGCUCAUGGGUUGUUCGUCUGCCGCGUUAUCAGACAACGGCGAGUUUGAGCCUGCGGGACCGGUGUGGAAUUAUUUGAUGGCGGGGUGUCCUGCUGUUGUGGGGACGCUGUGGGAUGUGACGGAUCGGGAUGUGGAUCGGUGGGGGGGGGGGGUCUAUGGACGGGCGAGUUUGGUGGAGGCGGUGGCUACGGCUAGGGGGAGGUGUCGGUUUCGGUUUGUGACGGCUGCGGCGGCCGUGGUGUAUGGGAUUCCGGUGUAUGUUGAGCGGGGGUAA